UAACGGCAGCAAGCGCUGGGAGAAGGUGCCUCUCUCCUUUCACAGGAAUUGCUAGUAUCCAGAUCAUUCCUAAGGAUUCCAAGCUGCUUGCAUUCCAGGGAGCUGCUUGAGGCUAAGCAGAAGGAUUUUUGUUUUUAUUUUGAACGUCUGAGAAAGAAUGGAGGCCAGAUUGGAGCGAGCUGUGCAGAAAAGGCAAGUACUGUUUCUUUGUGUGUUUCUGGGAGCGUCUUGGGCUGGCGCCGAACAGCUUCAGUAUUUUGUGGCGGAGGAAACGGAGAGAGGCACGCCCCUGGCCAAUCUAGCUAAGGAUUUGGGGUUGGGGCUGGGGGAACUGUCAGCUCGAGGGCCUAGAAUUGUCUCAGACCAAAACACGGGGUUUUUACUGCUCAGCUCGCUUACGGGAGACUUAAUUCUAAAUGAAAAGCUGGACCGGGAGGAACUGUGCGGCCCCACGGAGCCCUGUGUGCUGACUUUCCAGUUGCUGUUGGAAAACCCAUUUCAGAUUCAUCGGGCUGCGCUGCAUGUCAAAGAUAUAAAUGAUAAUUCCCCAGUCUUUCUAGACAAGGAAAUUCCCUUGAAAAUAUCAGAAAGCACAACUCCAGGGGCAACAUUUCUCUUGGAGAGGGCGCAGGAUUCCGAUGUGGGGACGAACAGCCUGAGUAACUACACCAUCAGUCCCAACGCGUAUUUCCACAUUCACGUGCAUGAUGGAGGGGAGGGCACUGUCUUUCCCGAAUUGGUACUGGAUCAAACGCUGGACCGAGAAGAAACAGCAGAGUUCACUUUAACGCUCACAGCCUUAGAUGGUGGAUCUCCGCCCAGAUCCGGGACAGCCCUGGUUCGAAUCCUGGUGUUAGACAUAAAUGACAACUCGCCCGAGUUCGUGCAGCCCCUCUACAGGGUACAGUUACCUGAAAACACCCCGGUUGGCUCCUUGGUUGUUGCUGUGUCCGCCAGGGAUUUAGACACGGGAAGUUACGGACAGAUAGCAUACGCAUUUUUCUAUGCCACUGAAAGAAUUCUCCAAACGUUUCAAAUCAAUUCUACAACCGGCCAUCUUUAUCUUAAAGGUGAGCUCGACUACGAAGCAAUUCAAACUUACUCGAUAACUACACAGGCCAAAGACAGCGGGGGACUUUCUGGAAAGUGCACUGUGGUUGUGGAGGUACUGGAUGUAAAUGAUAACCCACCUGAACUUCUCAUGUCUUCGCUUACUAGCCCAAUUGCUGAAAACUCACCAGAGACGGUCGUUGCUGUUUUCAGAAUUAGAGACAGAGAUUCGGGAAACAAUGGGAAAACCAUGUGCUCCAUACCACAUGAUCUCCCUUUUGUCCUGAAGCCAUCCGUGGAAAAUUUCUAUACUUUAGUAACAGAGACGCCUUUAGAUAGAGAAUCGCACUCUGAGUACAACAUCACCAUCACAGUCACUGACAUGGGCACACCCAGGCUCACAACCCAGCACACCAUAACAGUGCAGGUGUCUGACGUCAACGACAACGCCCCCGCCUUCACACAAACCUCCUACACCCUGUUUGUCCAGGAGAACAACAGCCCUGCCCUGCACAUAGGCACCAUCAGCGCCACAGACUCAGACUCAGGCUCCAAUGCCCACAUCACCUACUCUCUGCUGCCGGCACACGACCUGCAGCUGGGCCUGGCCUCGCUCUUCUCGAUCAACGCCAACAACGGGCAGCUCUUCGCGCUCAGGGCGCUGGACUAUGAGGCUCUGCAGACCUUCGAGUUCCACGUGGGCGCCACAGACCAAGGCUCUCCUGCACUCAGCAGCCAGGCGCUGGUGCGAGUGCUGGUGCUCGACGCCAACGACAAUGCGCCCUUCGUGCUCUACCCGCUGCAGAACGCCUCUGCACCCUGCACAGAGCUGCUGCCCAGGGCGGCAGAGCCAGGCUACCUGGUCACCAAGGUGGUGGCAGUGGACCGCGACUCUGGACAGAAUGCCUGGCUGUCCUUCCAGCUGCUCAAGGCCACGGAGCCCGGGCUGUUCAGCGUGUGGGCUCACAAUGGCGAGGUGCGCACCUCCAGGCUGCUGAGUGAGCGCGAUGCUCCCAAGCACAGGCUGCUGCUGCUGGUCAAGGACAAUGGAGAUCCUCCAAGGUCUGCCAGUGUCACUCUGCAUGUGCUGCUGGUGGAUGGCUUCUCUCAGCCCUACCUGCCUCUGCCAGACGUGGCGCGCGACCUCGUGCAGGAUGAGGACGUGCUCACUCUGUACCUGGUCAUUGCCUUGGCUUCUGUGUCUUCCAUCUUCCUGUUGUCUGUGCUGCUGUUCGUGGGGGUGAGGCUGUGCAGGAGGGCCAGGGCGGCUUCUCUGGGUGGCUGUUCUGUGCCUGAGGGACAUUUUCCUGGCCACCUGGUGGAUGUCAGCGGCGCUGGAACCCUGUCCCACGGCUACCAGUAUGAGGUAUGCCUGACUGGAGAGUCAGGGAUAACCAGCGAAUUUAAGUUCCUAAAACCAAUUGUUCCCAACUUUCUAACCGAAAGCAUGGGGAGAGAAGCAGAAUAA